CAAAUACAUGUGGCAACUGACAACUUAAUUAAGGUUACCGCAUUCACCUGGAAGUUACUCGUUUUAAAUAUUUUUUAAGAGGAAGUUACAGUUAAAAUCCAAUAAAUAUACUGAGGUUGCGUUCUUACACAUAACCAUAUAUAACAAACUAUGUCCUCCUUUAGGUUUAACUUUUCUGGUGAGGCGGACAAUGAUGAAAAAGAAAUUAAGGACACAAUUCAAUGGCUAGACAGUGAGGAAGUAAUACCAGAUAAACAAAUUAAAAAUCUUGAUGAAAUUGUAACCCAGGCUAAAAUGUUUGCUUGUGGUGAUGUAGAAAUUGGCCAUGUAGUUGUAAGUUCAACAAUAAGUAAUAUUGAAGGAAGUGGAUUCAAAAAUGCUGUAGAGCUAGCAGAAAAGGAACACAGUGAUCUUGUAGCUGGCAAAUAUGAAGGCGGCCUUAAGAUUUGGGAAUGCACUUAUGACUUGGUUGAAUAUAUAACAGAAAAUGAGGAUAUCAAAUUUGAUAAAAUCAAAGUUCUAGAUUUAGGUUGUGGUGCUGGCAUAUUAGGGAUUCAUGCCUUUCUGAAUGGUGCAGAGGUUACAUUUCAAGAUUAUAACAAGGAAGUCCUAGAACAUGUUACAAUACCCAAUGUUUUAUUGAAUAUUGAGGAAGAAGAAAGUAGAGAACAAGAAAUCCAGAGAUGCAAGUUUUACUCUGGAGAUUGGGAUUCCUUCAAUAAAAUUCUACCUAGCACUGAUGUGUAUGAUAUUAUAUUGACAUCAGAAACUAUUUAUAAUCAGAGUAACUAUGAUAAACUAAUUACUUUAUUGAAGGAUAGGCUGAGCAAAGAUGGUACAGCUUUUGUCGCCGCUAAAACAUACUACUUUGGUGUAGGAGGAGGAGUAAGGCAAUUUCAGGAAAGAAUACAAAAAAAUGGAAAUUUAAAAAGCGAAGUUUGUUGGAAAAGUAAAGGAGGUAUACAAAGGGAAAUAUUGAAAAUAACAAUCAAUAAACCAGAAUAGCCCUUUAAUAAAUAAUGAUUGUACUAACAUUGCAAUAAAAUUGUGUGACUUAAUCAUAGUGGAAGACAAUGAUAACUCAUUAAAUUAUAUAUUUUCAUGGA